GCCAACUGGAGCCGUUUAGAUUCACUUUCGAUUUAGCUGGUCGCAUCAUUCGUGAUCCAACCGUCUACGAAGUUAGUUGUAUUUUAUUGUGUUUGCAGACUCGUCUGGUGGUACCGACAAGCAAAUUAUCUAAGAUGAAAUAUUUGAUAGUAGGAGUCAUCCUUGCUGUUGGCAGCAUCCAGACCAUCAGUGCUUUGCAGUGCAUGCAGGGAGUGGAAGUGAAACAAGGCUCGGGAAACAGCAAUGGAGCGCAAAAAAAUGAGAAGCCGCUGGAAAUCACGGAGUGCGGAUUGACAACCGUGGCCGCUUCAACGGCAUUUUUGUUCGCAGUGAAGCCAAGCUCAAUCACGUUCCCAUCCGGCGACUACAAAUGCUACCACCUAAAAUACGACGAAAAGAACAGCGAGUCUUCGACUAUCGUUAAGGGAUGCAUCUAUAAGUCGUUGAACGUUUGCGAUGGGAAAUUCUCGUCGGACAAUGUACAGGAAGCGUUCUGCAGCCAGUGCGACACGGAUGCUUGCAACUCGUCCGGUCGGUAUGGAUUCGACCUCAAGCUGCUGGGUCUGACCCUGGUUUCCGUAAUAGCGUAUUUGCUGAAAUAAGGCAAAGGAUGCGGGACAACUGUUUGCUAUCUAGUUUUAUGUUUAAGUUACAUUUAUUGCGCUUUAGUGUGUAAGUGCAGGAAUUUGAAACAUUGCCCGUGGUGGUGAGGUAAUAUACAUGACAGUCUCCCUAACACGGAGGGUAUGCUUUGUCGGCAGAUGAGCUAAGCGCCAUAAAUAGCGUCUGAAAAGGGGGAAGCAUGCGACUACAAGAUAGUGAAAGAAAAGUAAACGAAGAGUUUAUACUGUGGGACAAAGUUUUUAUGGGAAAUCGAUACCAAACUUCAACAAGGAACCACCAGUGGAGAACGAAUACGCCAAAAUGUGCUUUGUAAUAGUCAUUAACUCAGGAUACCAUAACGCCCAUAGAAUUGAACGCAUUUCUUAAUUUUCAUUCAAAUAUACAUCUAUCAAGCUAUCGCGUUUCCUCAUUAGCCAUUUGAUUAAAAUAUGAAUUACUUAUCGAUAACGACAUUAGAAAUAUGAAGUAUUCAUAAUUUUCUAUUUUUCUUUUGGACGAAAUAAGAAUACAAUAAAAUUAAAAUCCCUAGCGAGAGGAGGAAUCUCUGA